GGAUGGUUGACAUUCAGGGAUGUCACCAUAGAAUUUACUCCAGAAGAGUGGGAAUGCUUGGACCCCGUUCAGCGCAAUUUGCACAGGGAUGUGAUGUUAGAGAACUAUAGAAACCUGGUCUCCGUGGAGAAAGAGUAUCAGAGGAUUCACAAUGGAGAGAAACCCUACAAAUGUGAAGAAUGUGACAACACCUUUCACAAUUUCUCAACUUUUCUAGCACAUAAGAGAAUUCAUAAUGGAGAACAAGCUUACAAAUGUGAGGAAUGUGGCAAGGCCUUUUACCAACAUAAGAGAAUGCAUACUGGAGAGAAACCCUACAAAUGUGAAGAAUGUGGCAAAUCCUUUAACAAGUUAUCAACUUUAACAGCACAAAAGAGAAUGCUUAGUGGAGAGAAACCUUACAAAUGUGAGGAAUGUGACAAAGCCUUUCAUGGUCUCUCAAUUCUUACAGUACAUCAGAGAAUUUAUACUGGAAAGAAACCCUACAAAUGUGGAGAAUGUGGCAAAUUCUUUAACAAGUGCUCACAUCUUACAGCACAUAAGAGAGUAUGUACUGGAGAGAAACCCUACAAAUGUGAAGAAUGUGGCAAAGGCUUUAGCUGGUGCUCAGGUCUUACAGUCCAUAAGAGAAUUCAUACCGAAGAGAAACGUUACAAAUGUAAGGAAUGUGGAAAAGCCUUUAAGCAGUGCUCAAAACUUAAACAACAUGAGAGAAUUCACACUGGAGUGAAACCCUACAAAUGUGGAGAAUGUGGUAAAGCCUUUAAGCAGUCCUCAAAAGUUAAACGACAUCAGAGAAUUCAUACUCAAGAAAAACCUUACAAAUGCGAGGAAUGUGGCAAGGCCUUUAGUCAGUCCUCAACCCUGACAAUACAUAAGAGAAUGCAUACUGGAGAGAAACCCUACAAAUGUGAGCAAUGUGACAAAGCCUUUAGACAGUGCUCACAACUUACAGUACACCAGAGAAUUCAUACUGGAGAGAAAGUGUAUAAAUGUAAGGAAUGUGACAAAGCCUUUAGCCAGUGUUCAAAUCUUAUAGUACACCAGAGAACUCAUACUGGAGAGAAACUGUACAAAUGUGAGGAAUGUGGCAAGGCCUUUAAUCAGACCUCAACCCUGACAAGACAUAAGAGAAUGCAUACUGGAGAGAAACCCUACAAAUGUGAGCAAUGUGACAAAGCCUUUGGCCAGUGCUCAUAUCUUAGAGUACACCAGAGAAUUCAUACUGGAGAGAAACUGUAUAAAUGUGAGGAAUGUGACAAAGCCUUUAUUCAGUCCUCACACCUAACAAGACAUAAGAGAAUGCAUACUGGAGAGAAACCAUACAAAUGUGAGCAAUGUGACAAAGCCUUUAGCCAAUGCUCAUAUCUUACAAUACACAAGAGAAUUCAUACUGGAGAGAAACUGUACAAAUGUGAGCAAUGUGACAAAGCCUUUAGCCAAUGCUCAUAUCUUACAGUACACAAGAGAAUUCAUACUGGAGAGAAACCAUACAAAUGUGAGGAAUGUGGCAAAGCCUUUCAUGAUCCCUCAAUUCUUAGAAUACAUAAGAGAAUGCAUACUGGAGAGAAACCCUACAAAUGUGAAGAAUGUGGCAAAUCCUUUAACCAGUGCUCAAAACUUACAGUACACAAGAGAAUACAUACUGGAGAGAAACCUUACAAAUGUAAGGAAUGUGGCAAAGCCUUUAACUGGUGCUCAACUCUUAAAAUCCAUAAGAGAAUUCAUACUGGAUAGAACCCUUACACAUGUGAAGAAUGUGGUAAAGCCUUUAAGCAGUGCUCAAACCUUAAACAACAUCAGAGAAUUCAUAGUCAAAUAACCUUACAAAUGUGA